AUGUUGGAAUCCACCGCUGAGAAGAAGAAGGGAGGGGACAUGAAGGAUGAUGGUGAGUUUGAUAUGUUAUUAGAUGAGAUCCCUCAUGCAACAUCACGCCAUCAUCAUCAUCGUCAAAAUGAGUCAUUUAAUGGCAUGUAUGGUCUUAUGUAUGAUGAUGACCCAUUCCAUAACCAUACAUGUGUUUCCCCUGUGAGCGGUUUCUCUUUACUGUCAGAUGGUUCUUCCUCUAAUUUGUCUAAUGGAUCACCACCUCCACCGCCAUUAGAGGACCUUAAGCCACUCUUGUCUAAUGGACUGUUCAUGGAUUCAACUAUUAGGCAAAAGGCUAGUAGUGACAGCUUGUUUGAUGAACUGGGUCUUUGUAGAAAUCUUAGUAAAAUGUAUAUUAGUAAUGAUCAAGAGAAUUUCGUUUCUAGUUUUGGAGAUUUUUCACUUGAAUCCAAUGGAAUUCAAAAGCAUGGGGCUUGUGAUGAACUGAGGAAAGGGUUCUCUGAUUUUGUGGGUGUCCAGUCCCCUGAUUCAAUGAGUGUUCCAUUGGGUGUCAAUGGUGGGAGGAAUAUGGCAUUUUCUGGAUUUCCCCAGCAGGAAUAUCCCCAAAUGUUUAUUGGUUGCUCAGAUGCUUUGGUUUCGCCACGGAUGAAUUGUUGGAAUGGUGCAAUGAGAUCUCCAGGGCAGAAAAAGGAGCGUAAUCUUAUGAUGAAUGAUGGUUUAAUCUAUGGACAAAGGAACAGUAUGAAUUGGAACGAUGGAAGAAGUCAUCUGCAUUUCCAUGGUUCUCCCCUAUUUGUUCAAGCAAACCAUCAUGCCAGUGUUGGAAACAUGUUAAAUCAGGGUCCGCCAGUAUCCGGUGGGAUGCCUGGAGCUCAUUCGAUUGUUGGAAUGCCACAUGAGGAUAAUUUCAUUAUUCAAGGAGAUGGUUCAAACUUUGUAAUCAACAAGGGGCUUGAUUGUUCGAGGGGACAGAACAAGGGCUCACUGCAGGAGAUUGGUGUGAGUAAGCGCCAAGAUGGAAGCUCGUGGACAUAUAUACUUAUAGCAAAAGAUCAACACGGUUGUAGGUUCUUACAGCGGCUAUUCGAUGAGGGUAACCCGGAGGACCUUGAAGUAAUAUUUAAGGAGAUCAUUGAUCAUGUAGUUGAACUCAUGAUGAACCCUUUUGGGAAUUAUCUUAUGCAGAAGUUAUUGGAAGUGUGUAGUGAAGAACAGAGAACGCAGAUUUUGUUAAUGGCUACCGAGGAACCGGGGCAGCUUGUUAGAAUAUCUCUAAACACACACGGCACCCGUGUAGUCCAAAAGUUGAUCGAGACUCUCAAAACCAGGCAGCAAAUUUCACUAGUUAUAUCAGCUCUUGAGCCUGGGUUUCUAUCUCUCAUCAAGGACCUGAAUGGGAAUCAUGUCGUGCAGCGUUGCUUGCAAUGCCUUCGUAGUGAAGAUAACAAGUUUAUUUUUCUUGCUUCUGCAAAGUAUUGUGUCGAUAUUGCUACUCAUCAACACGGCUGUUGUGUUUUGCAACGAUGCAUUAGUCAUUCCUCUGGGGAAUAUCGGGAAAAACUGGUUGAACGAAUAUCCACCAAUGGGCUUCUACUUGCACAGGAUGCAUUUGGAAAUUAUGUUGUUCAGUUUAUUUUUGACUUAAAGAUUCCGUCUGCCACUUCUACUUUGAUAUCUCAAUUCGAAGGGCAUUAUGCGCACCUCUCAUCACAGAAGUUCAGCAGUCACGUGGUCGAAAAAUGUCUGGUGGUGUUAAAUGACGAGAGCCGAUCGAAAAUCAUUCAGGAAUUGCUCUCUACAACUCACUUUGAACGAUUACUUCAAGAUCCACAUGCAAACUAUGUUGUGCAAACUGCUCUCCGUGUGUCCGAGGGAUCUCUGCACAAUUCUCUCGUCGAAGCAAUCGAGUCCCAUAAAGCACUAUCACGCAACAGCCCGUAUUCGAAGAGGAUUCUCUCUCAGAAGCUUCUCAAAAAGUGAUGUACAUUCUUCCCAUAUCCGAAAGAAGCCGUCUUUCGCUGUUUUGUGCCUCUGUUAUCCUACUUUUCUUCUGUCCAUUAUAAUUAUCAUCUCAAAACACAUAUAUACAUGGAAACUGGACUAAAUUGAUUCGUCUUCUCGAAAAUGGCAUGGAAACCCCUUCCAUGUGAUCAGAAGAGUGUAAAAGAUAAA